AAAACCUCGUUUCUUCCCCUACACGGGGGUUCCACCUGCCGUUCGUCGUCCUCGUAGCAAACGCCUCCUGUCCAGUCCCACCAUUCUCGUCGACGAGUCCACAGCCCACCUCGCCAGCCGGCAGCCUCGUACUGGCACGGCCCCUCACUGUCCACCCCGCCAAAGGGCAUCGAGCGAGCCCUCGCCUCCCUCCCGGCGGCGCGGCCAAUGCGCACGCGGUGCCGCCGACGCCAGUAGCAUCCCCCCAGCCGGCCGGUCACCCCCUUCCUCGUCCAUGCGGGGCAUGGGGAGCAACAGCGAAACAGUGGUGGGAGAGGGAAGCGGCGAUCGGAAGAGGAGAGGAGGCCGGGAGGCGGUGGGCGCCUCGUCCUCCUUCGCCGAGGGGACGAGGGAGUUCGUGCUGAGCUCCAUGGACGAGAGGUUCUCCGGAUCGGUCGAUGCCGAUGGGUUCCCUUCCUUGCGGCUGGAAGGAUUCGGGCAUAGCAAGUCCACAACCGCUACUUCUGGUUGUUUUAAAGGGCAGGAACAUGUUUUUGUAAGAUCAUACUCCGAUAGGUUGCUUAAAUGUGACCUCACGUUGGAUAUGCUAUCAGAAAACGAGAAGAUGAAGAUAGUUGAGAAGCUGGUAAAGAUCCAGAAAGAUGGCACACUGGAGGUAGAUGUGACACGUAGUGCCCUUGUUGCCUCAGAACUCUCGGCUAUUGAUGCUUUUGGUUCUGUGCCACGUGAUGUUGAAGCAGUUACAUCUGGAUUGAGCAAGUCUGUCCCAAAGUUGAAGAUUGCUAUGCUUGUAGUUGGAACACGAGGGGAUGUUCAGCCAUUUAUAGCAUUAGCUAAACGACUUCAGGAAUUCGGUCACCAUGUUAGAUUGGCAUCUCAUGUCAACUUCCGUACUUUUGUGAAGUCAGCCGGUGUUGAGUUUUACCCAUUGGGUGGUGAUCCCCGAAUCAUGGCUCAGUACAUGACAAAAAACAAAGGAUUUUUAAUGGCUGGGCCCACAGAGAUUUCUGUUCAAAGAAAGCAGGUCAAGGAAAUCAUUUUCUCUCUCCUACCUGCAUGCACGGAACCUGACUUGGAUACUGGAACACCUUUCAGAGCUCAGGCAAUAAUAGCAAAUCCUCCUGCCAUAGGACAUCUGCAUAUUGCUGAGGCACUUGGGGUACCCCUGCACAUCUUCUUUACUUUUCCAUGGACGCCAACUAAUGAGUUCCCUCAUCCAUUGGCGAGAACCCCUCAGAGUGCAACCUACAGGCUAUCGUAUCUUAUUCUGGAUUUAGUAAUUUGGUGGGGCACGAGAGGAUUCAUAAAUGAUUUCAGAAAGAAGUUAAACUUGCCCCCUAUUGCUUACUUCAGCACAUAUCAUGGAUCCAUAUCACAUUUACCUACCGGAUACAUGUGGAGUCCUCACCUUAUGCCGAAGCCAAAUGAUUGGGGUUCUCUAGUGGAUGUUGUGGGAUAUUGCUUCUUAAAUCUUGGAACCAAGUAUCAACCUCCACUAGAGCUUUCACAAUGGCUUCAACAAGGGUCCAAACCGAUAUACAUUGGUUUUGGUAGCAUGCCUCUUGAUGAUGAAAAAAAGGUCACUACUACCAUUUUGGAGGCGCUAAGAGAAACAGGACAGAGAGGAAUCAUUAGCCGUGGUUGGGGAGAUCUUGGAAGUUUUUCAGAAGUUCCAGUUGAUGUCUUCAUUUUGGAGGAUUGCCCUCAUGACUGGCUGUUUCCCCGCUGCACUGCAGUAGUGCAUCAUGGUGGAGCAGGUACCACAGCAGCCGGCCUGAUAGCUGGGUGUCCAACCACCGUAGUGCCCUUUUUUGGCGAUCAGUUCUUCUGGGGCGACAUAAUUCAUGCACGUGGUGUGGGUCCUGCACCUAUUCGUGUAACAGAGCUUACUACUGAAGCACUUUCAAAUGCAAUAAGAUUCAUGCUUGAUCCCGAGGUAAAAUCACGAUCAAUGGAACUGGCAAUAGCAAUAGGGAACGAAGAUGGUGUUGCAGCUGCUGUAGACUCGUUUCACCGACAUCUGCCUUCAGAACUUCCGCUUGCUCCACCAACCCCACCUGUAGAGGAAGAACGAUUAGAUCUAUUUCAAUUGUUUUCUCGAUGCCUUGAGAAGUGUUGUGUCCCAUUCAAUCUUUAGUUGUUCAUAGGGUAGAUAUGGGUUCAAUUUAUUUAUUUAUUUGUGAGGUUAGAUAGUAAUUAGUGUCUUAUUUAAGUUGUGGGUGUGAAAUAAACUCUGGUUUAUCAACCCAGACAGUUCUUCAACUUGCCUUAUUGUAAAUAUCACAAAUAAGGGCACGGUAGUAGUAGCUUUUGCUGUACAUGGCCAGGGAAUUUUCCAUGUAAAUUCGUGUUACAUCUAUUUUGCUGGUUGGUGGUGGUAAUUUGAAUUUUCUUGCGAGGAAAUUGUUGUGCAUA